AUGCCAGGGACCCCGGGGACGCACUGUCACGGCCCCUCAGGACCGUCGGGUAAGCCCGCAGGCACCCAGCAGCUGCGGGGUGACCCGGUGACCCGUGUCAGGAGAGCCAGGCAGUCAUACGAGGGUCCACCAGACUUCCGGAGCGGGUGCAGAUGCCCCUGUGUGGGGAGCUUGAGGCACCUGGGAGCCAGGCCCCCACCCGGGAAAACAGGCAGAUCCACGCCGGGAGGCACAGGGCUCUUCGGCGGCCACAUCUGGCUGGGGGCCCCGGGUCCCGCCUCCCUGCUGCUCGCGCUCAGCCCCGGCCUUUCUCCUGAGAAGACCCCACCUGGCGGACAGGCCAUCCUCAUCGACAUGCAGGCGGAUGUCCCUGCUCUGCGUGCAGAGCUCUGGUGCAGCCUCGCGCGGAGGCGUCCUGCGCACCAGGCCCUGGCGGCGCCCCCACCGUCCGACCGAGCCCUCGUGACUGCUGUUAAGAGGCAGGUGGACAGUGGAGGAAAUGGAGGCUCAGCAGGACGGGUCACAGAUGCAGAGCAGGGGGCAGGCCCGGCCUCCUGUGGGGACCAGGGACAUCAGGAUGGUACAUUCCGCAUGGACUGUGAGACGUGGGAGGUGCCGGAGCCCUGGAAGGCGCGGCUCCCUGAUCAGGCGUAUCGGACUGACCCAGGCCGCCGGGAGAAGGCACGGCAGAGGCCUGGAGGUCUGGCGGUGGUGCCGGACAGCUCAGCCACCCCCUCGGGCCUGGAGGCCUUCAUCAGACCUGCUUCAGGGGCCCGGCCUGACGGCCGAGGGCGUUACCAGGGAGGCCCCCGGGUGCCACCAGGUGACCAAAAAGGGCCUCAGGCCAGGCCCAGGUACGGACAGGCCCCCGGCAGGCACAGGCUCUCCCGGGGACCGGGGCAGCAGGCCUGGGCACGGGCAGGAAAGAGCACGGGAUGCAAGGAGACGGCCCCGUGUGGGUGCCCGCGUGGCCGCGGGGCAGGCCUGGUUGGCUUGGUGACCGGGCAGCAGAAGGCCACCCACGUGCACUCGCUGGCGGGACCCCACGCCCAGCCCCCGGCGGCGGCAGCCGAGGCCGCCUUUGGGAGGAGCCAGCAGAGCCUCCCGAGUCCCGCGCUGACCAGGGCUGCCCUGCCGCACACGGCCAUCCAUCACCCGCGGAAACCAGGGCCGGGAGAGGCCACAGUCAGCCGAGGCCACAGACGCAGGGAGGGGCCCGCAGGUCCCGGGCCUGCCUCUGACGGGUGCCCUGCACCCCCGGCUUCAGGCCCAGGGUCCCGCCCAGGCAAGGAGCUGGCACCUUGGACAGGGGGAGGCCACGCUUCCAAAACUGCCCCCAAACUAGAACUGGAAGGACCCUCAGCCCCCGCCCCGCUGAGGCCCAGAGGGAGUGGAGGAGAGGCUCGGGGUCCCCAGGCUGGUGGGCGGCCAGGCUGGGACUCAUCCCCCACGGGCUGCAGAGGCAUUCUGGGGGGCCUGACCAGGCUCCCGGCCCAGGCCGUGCAGGUGUUGGCUGAGUCAGCGGGCAUUCUGCGGGCAGCAGCCACAGCCCAGGGAGAUGUCCCCAGGCGGCAGGCUGGCCUAGAAAGGGGCUGGCUCGGUAGGGACGCCUGGAGGACGGUUUGGUGCCCUACGCAGGCCAAGAGCCCCGGGCAUCAGGUCACUGAGGUGAGGGACAGGCGUCAGGACGAGGGCGCUGAGGUCUGUGACGGGCCGCGGCAUCCCAGCCUCCUGCAGCCUGGCCAGGAGCCGCCUGGGGCCCCGUCACCUGUCAGGGCCCCUGGCUGCCGCGCCGGGCACAUGGCCCUGCUCUGCGGUCUGGGGUCUGCGGAAGCCGCAGGACGGGCGGGCACCCAGGCUUAUAACGUGCGGCCACUGCGCCGGGGGCCGGUGGGGCUGGGGGCCCGCGGGAGCUCGCGGCGGCGGGAGAAGCCACAGGCCGCAGCGGUGUGGGAGCCCACGGGCAGGGCGCUGGCUCCCCACGGCCCGGGCAUGGGCUGGGCAGGGCACAGGGAUCCUGACGCCUGUGGAAUUGAAGGAGGUGCAGGGGCUGGCGGCCUCUCCCCGGGCCCCCCAUACCCCUGGGGGACCCCGGUCACGUCCCCCAACGACUCCCGCCUCUGGAAGGAGCCUGACCCCUUGACCCAGGGCCUGGGGGAGGCUGGGCGUCACCAAGAACAGACUGUGCAGGCAGGCACCCGUGCUGAUGCCUGCCAAGGCGCCCCCGCCGCCCCCUCUGAGGCCAGGCGGGGACUCAGCCCACCCUGGCCCGCCGCAGACCCGCCCCCUGUGUCAGGCCCCUGCUGGCCCGGCCUUCUGGUCCAGGCAGGUAGUCCGAUCCCACCCCCACCGGGGCCACCCGCCGGGUUCACUGGCCACGCAAACGACCAGCCUGGCUUCCCUGGAGGCCUGGCCACCCAGGACUGGCCCGGGAGCUUCCUGCCCGAGAGGUAG